GUAGCAUUAGCAGUGGCAACAUUAAUUGAGCAUCCUGAUGGAGCAUUCCAUUCAUUUCGCAGCUCUCUAGACAUAGAAUUUAACGAGUCUAACAGAGCUUGAAGGAUUUUAAGUAAAACUUAGUAGAAGUUGAAUGACCAUAACUUAAUUAUUCCAAUUUUGCUUACCACAUGGCAUUUUCCCAGCCAAGUUUUUGGUCUUUGUCGGUGGAAGCUUGGAUAAGCCUCCAGAAGGCUCCCAAAAGCCUCACUUGGUUUUCCUAUGCCUUCCUCUUCCACCUCCAUCCUUUUCUUCCUCCUUUCUCCAACCAAGGUUAAGGUGCUUUUGUUAGGUAAGUAUAAGUUUUAGUUAUGAAUUUUUGGUUAGAGUUUUGGGUAGUUUAAAUUGGUGAGAUUUGACUUUAAUCCUUUGGUUUAUAAGAUUUUUGGGUAUUAAACUUUUAUUAGAGAUAUCCUUAAUUUUGGGGUUUAUAUGGCAAAGAUAGUGAGUUAAUCCUUUCUAUUGUUUGAUUUGGGUGUGAUUUUUGCUACAGGAAUUAUAAGUAAAUUGCAUUAUUUGCGAAUUACUGUUCAUGAUUACUGUUCACGAUUAUUGUUCACGCAUUAUGCUUUGAUCUCUUCCAAUAGGGAGUCCUAAUAUUAUUUUGGACAUAUUAUGAAUUUGUUUGACAUGCGUAUGUGUUUGUGGCUAUAGAUAGAUCCAGGUAGUAGCCUCUCGGUUUAGGAGCUUUUGGCACGGGACUCACAUGCUCGUUGUAUGUACAAGCUAGGGCCUCGUGUUUUCGAUAAGGAGGCAGAUCGAUGUGUUACCAAAACCAUGACUCAGCUUUUGUUUUUUUGAAAAGCUUUGAAGAAGAAUUUGCCUCAUAUAAUUUUUGUGUAAAUUACCUUUAUGUAUAAAACCUUUAAAUUAAUUAUAAAUGAACUUAGCUUAG